AAUCAUACAACAGAGUACAAUGUAACUACAGUUACACCAUCAAACAAUCAUACAACAGAGUACAAUAUAACUACAGUUACACCGUCAAACAAUCUUACAACAGAGUACAAUGUAACUACAGUUACAGCUUCAAACAAUCAUACAACAGAGUACAACAUAACUACAGUUACACCGUCAAACAAUCUUACAACAGAGUACAAUGUAACUACAGUUGCAGCUUCCAACAAUCAUACAACAGAGUACAAUGUAACUACAGUUACAGCUUCAAACAAUCUUACAACAGAGUACAAUGUAACUACAGUUGCAGCUUCCAACAAUCAUACAACAGAGUACAAUGUAACUACAGUUACAGCUUCAAACAAUCAUACAAAGGAGUACAAUUUAAUUACAGUUACACCAUCAAACAAUCACACAACAGCAAACAAUAUAACUACAAUAAGAGCUGAUGUAACUUCUCCCAAUCACACCAUGGUGAACAAUGUAACUGCAGCCAACAAUUUCACAACAGAGUACAACGUAACUACAGCUGACACCAACAUGAACUUACGCAAUGGUACAAUUACAACAAGCAACGCAACAGUAAGCCCAUUUCUCACUUCUCCCAAUCACACAACUGUGAACAAUAUAACUACUGUCUCUACCAAUUACACCACUUUUACUGUAUCCCAAAAUGAAACAACUGCAGAUAACAUUACCACUGCACCAAUCAGGGAAACACGACAAAACACAACUGGUCCUUACAAAAACAUAACAGUGUCUACUGCUGCUAGACAAGUUAACGUAACCCUUAACAACGCAACUAUAUCAACAAAAAAUUCAACUGUGGACAAUGUGACGCCUGGUGUCGACAACACCACUGAACCCACAGUAGCUCCACUUAACAACCAGACUGUAAAUUACACCACUGUGGGAGUGACUCACAACAUUACAACAACCAACAAAAAUGAAAACUCCACCACAGCUACCACUGUCAUCAGAGCCAUCAUCAGCUCAACUGAAAGCAGUUCAACCACAAACUUCAACCUGGCAACCAAGGGACCUGAAGUUAAUUUAACAACCAAAGCUGCAACUACUUCCCUUGGAACUACAACUUCAACAACUAGAACUAUGCAGAGUACAUCCCUGGCCCAGACUGAUACUACUACUGCAAAGCCCUCCUCAGCUUCUUCUACAACAACUCUCCAAACCACCACAACCACAAAAAAACCUGGUACUGAAACUACCCCCACAACCAUCGCAGAGACAGCUCAAAGCCUGGAGGACCAAGCAGAUGAGCUGGUGGACCAAACACAGGAUGCGUCUCAGCUCAACACCUCUCAGAUUGCACAGGUGGUGGAGAACUUAGAGAAGUUUCUGGAGGGCCCCACUGUCUCUCAGUCAGUUGGACAAAAGACCCUCAAUGUCAUUAGCAACCUGAUGGAGGGUGACUCAGAGGCGCUCUCUGCAUCUGCAAACAGGCUGAUUCAGCUGGUAGAUGUCCUGGGCCUGAAGCUUGUUGUCACUGGUGACAGUGAGAUCCUCUCUGCAGGUUCGCUGGUUCUGGCAGUGAGGACAGUCGAUGGGACCAACUUCCCAACAACAUCUGUUGACAUUUUCAACACUGAAAAUAUCCAGCUCCGGGGCCUCGGCAGAUCCCGCUCAAAGAGGUCAGGCUCUGCUCUGGGGUCUGUAUUUUUACCCUCCUCCCUCACCACGGGGCUCAGUCCCAACCAGCAGAGGCAGGCCAACAGGGUCCAGUUCACCUUCUACACUAAGUCUGCCUUCUUCCAGGAUGCAGCAUUAGAUAACCAAACUGCUGUCAGUCCAAUCCUGGCUGCCAGUGUGGCCAAUCUGUCUAUAAGCAACCUGAGGGAGAACAUUCAGUUUACCAUCCGAAAUAUCAACCCUACACAG